AUGCCUAAAUCGAAGAAGAAGAAGAAGAAAGAUGUCAAGGUAUUGAUACCUGAGAAACCAAUGGCAAAUUUAACUUCUGCUAUGCGACAGGAAUUAUAUGCUACACCGGAAUCUUUCGAAAAUGCAACCGUUCAAACAUCUUCAAGUGAUACCGAAAAAGGAACAGAAGCAAAAAUAUCAGAGAAAAUGUCAACGAAAGAGAAGAAAUCAGAAAAAGAGAUCAACAAUACUGCAGUGAUAACGAAGGUAAACGAUGUGCAAACUUAUGAUGCUGAUCUAAUUGGCACAUACUCACAAAGUUCUGGGACAAUUUCCUACGAUUCCAUCAACUCAAUGAAUGAUGAAUCAUUGGAAAAAGCUAAGAUUAAUAGCAAAUAUAUACAAAAUACCGAUACGCAGUUGCAUAAAAUGGCCACGGAGCAGUUAUUGAAAGAUGAUUCAAGCAUAGCUAAGAUGCAAGUUAUCAGUGAUAGUGAAUUAGAUCGUCGGAUUACCGAACAGGAAGUGCCAUCCGAAAAACAGAAAGCGAUUCCGGUUACGCCAUUAUGGGGACUAUACGAAACUGUUCUCAUCAAGAAGUGCAUAGAUGAAGUGGUGGAGAAUUUUUUCGCAAGUCCUCGAGAUGACAUCGAGUUGACGUUGAGGUUAUCACGACGUGAUAUGUUCCCUAGAUUACACGUGGAACUAGCACCGAUCUAUCAAGACUUACAUAUUGAAGCUGGUCGUUUUCAACAAAAUGCAUUAACACCAUUUCACAUCAAAAAUAGACGUUGGCGUUUUGAUGACCUUUUACGAACAGAAGAUAUAAAUGAUAAUCUGCCAUCAAAAGAUCUUUCAAUGCAAUCUAUGGAGAGCAGAAGUGCUUCGAUAUGCUAUGCACAAUCUUCGGAUGCGACAACUGCUCGAUCGCCAAGUUAUGACUAUCUCUCGUCUGCAUACUCUUACCUUGUUGCCUUUGUUAAGUCAGUGGUACCGAAUCGAAAUCAAACAUCAACAAAGAACAGCAACGAUAAUAAAUGA